ACAAAGUGGAUGUUAAAUGGCAUUGUAAAGAAUUCUUUAUAGGUUUGCUUUUUCAUAGUUAAUUAGCAAAUAUUUCUUGGGUUUAAGGCAUUUGCACAGAAGAAGCAGACCUCAAAGAAGAAUUGAAUUAUAUACAAAAAACUAUGCAAUUAAAUGAGUUUCCCAAGAACAUCGUAACAAAAACGAUAAAAGAAACAUUAAACAAAGAAUGUAAUGGAAGAAACCAGACAGAUGACGACACGAAUUCAAUUCGAUUGUUUUUACCCUAUGAAAAAGGCAUCUCAGAACAAAUCGCCAGAGUAUGCAAGAAAUUUAAUGUAAAUUAACACAUACGAAAAACAAAGCGCUAAAAAAUGUUGUAAAAGGCAACAAAAUAUUGAAAAACGGAAACCAAGACAAUGAAUCAGGUGUUGUAUAUAAAGUAACGUGUGGAGAUUGUAGAAAAUAUUACAUAGGAGAAACAGGAAGGAAGUUGACAACACGAAUAAAAGAACACAAAAAUGGCGCAAAAAACGAUAAAGAAAACGUCUCUGGAAUGUCCAAACACAUUAAAGAAACAAAACACGAAAUGAACUUUGAGAAAAUAGAAAUUCUCUAUAGGGAAAACAAUUUUAUUAAAAGAAAAUUUAAAGAGGCAUUAGCGAUUAAACAACAUAAAUCGGAUUUAUUGAACAAAAAAGAUGAAAUAAGACGAUUAUCUGAAAUUUGGGAAAACAUACUAUAAUUUUUAACGACUUUUAUUGUUAAUAAACGAUUUUUAUACAUUUUAUUUUUAUCAAGAGAAUUUUUAACAUUUUGUACAUGCAUGUUGAAAGACGUUUUUACUUGUGAUCUGAAGAUGCUCUGACAAAGAUCAGGGAGAAAAUUUAUUAAAAAAAAAAAAAAAUAAAAGAAGAAAAAAAAAAAAAAAAAAAAAAAAAAAAAAAUCAAAAUUUAAUUUGUUAUUUAUUGCCUUAAACCCAAGAAAUAUUUGCUAAUUGUAAAGAAAUUGCAUUAAACAUAUCACCUUUGCUCCAAUCACAAACACGCAUAAUAUUGAUAGGAGUCAAAUGUCUUUUCUUUUCCAUGCUGAAAUUUUUUGUAAAAUAAAAACAAAUAUACCAUCAAUUGAUUAAUUCAGACUGAUUUUAUGUGGGUACUUAUGUUGUGUUAAAAAAAAUGUAAAAUAAUAGCAUACAAAAGUAUAUAAAAACUACUUUUAAUCUAAAAAUCAAAUAAACUAAAUAAAAAAAAAAACACAGCAGUUUAUAUUACUUUUUCACUACGUUGUAAUUACAAAUUCCUUAAUGGACAGCUGCAUAUGUUCAUUACAAACCACAAUAACAGGUUUUUUAAUGAAAAUAAAUUAGGGAGGCUAGUCUCAAGAACAUUGAACAAGAAGACAAACACAAAAGGUUUUCUUUUAUCAAACAAGGAUAGAUAAAAGCAAUCAAAUGAUGGAGCAAAGUUAUAGAAAAAAUUUGGAGCAAAAAUAUUUCAUGCCACUCUUUAUCUUAAUAAUGACAGCAAAUUUGAUUGAGUGCUACAUUAUAAUGUUCAAACAUCGCUUUAAAAACAAGUUUGAGUACCAGUUAGUCAGCUUAUCAAUUGCAGAUUUUAUAACUGGUUUGUUUGGUUUUAUUUUUUCUGUCAUUGAUGCAACAAAAGCAGAAUUAAAUGAGAAAAUAUUGUUUGGAUUGCAGUAUAUACUUGUGUUUUCAAUUGCGAUGUCAAUAUUUUUAAUCUCAGGGAUCUCCAUAGAUCGUUUGAUAGCAGUAGCCAAGCCCUUCAACCACCAGUCUAGCAGAAAUACCAUUUAUAUAAUCACAUCAUUGUGGGUUUUUGGUUUACUCUAUAUUACAAGCCUUAUGAUAAUAAAUGAAUACUUUCUUGAACAAGCAACAGUUGCUACCAAUACGAUUGUCCUAUCAAGUGCAACAGUUGUAUCAAUAGUAUGCUAUACAUUAAUUUAUUUCUCACUUUGGUACCAUAAACGCAAAUUAUUGAAGCAGACAGAGCCAUGCACGAAAAACAUCAUAUUUGGAAGAAAUUCCAACAAAAUGGCAUUACGUAUGAGUGUCAUCAUAAUCUUAUCAACAUUACUAACCUACUGGCCUGGAGUGAUAAUUUCAUUCGGCAAAAUAUUAUAUAAAUGUAGUACACCAACUGUGGAAAUCUUCUCCAAUUUUACAUUCUUUUUGGCAUGCAGUGCUUCACUGAUUAAUCCUCUUGUUUAUUUUUUUUAUAAAAAGUUUAUUUAACUUGUUUAUUUUGUUGGAAAAGUUCUAAUUCAGAUAUUUACAUUAAUCAAUUUCUCACAGGAGUUUAACAUUUUCCAUAAGUUGUGCUAAUUAUGCUAUCUUAGUUACUUUU